GCAAGAUUUAAAAAAUGCAGUCGAGUUUGUUUUGUGUACUUCUAAACAUCUUAGUGAUUACAGCCCAGAAUAGUUUGUUCAACGUUUGCCAUGGUGACCUGGGAUGCUUCUCUAUUCUCGCACCUUUUGGCUUCACCCUAGAGAGACCCCUGGCUCUCCUGCCACAGUCACCUGAUACGAUCAACACCCUGUUCAAGCUGUACACCCGAGCCCAACCGGCAACUCCACUAGACCUGCCAGCCACACAAGUCAAGACAAGCCUCACCACCAUCUGGCCAGGUUUUGUCUCACGACCGACCAAAAUUAUUGUACACGGAUUUUUGGACUCAGUCGACCUAACAAGCUGGGGAAAGCAAAUGAAGGACGAGCUGUUGAAACAGGGAGACUACAACGUCAUCCUUGUGGACUGGUCAGGCGGCAACAAGCUGCCCUACACCCAGGCCACAGCCAAUACAAGAGUCGUAGGGGCUCAGAUAGCUCAACUCAUCAACCAGAUUAUUGCUACUGUCAAUACACCAGCCAAAGACUUCCACGUCAUCGGUCAUAGUCUGGGUUCUCACAUCUCUGGGUACGCUGGGGAGAGGGUGCCAGGCUUGGGGAGGAUUACAGGUCUGGACCCCGCCGGCCCAUUUUUUGAGAACACCCCAAUUAGCGUUAGACUCGACCCCACUGACGCCUUGUUUGUUGACGCCAUCCACACUGACGCGGGGACUCUUCUCACAGCUAAUCUGGGCAUCAUACAGGCUGUAGGUCACGUUGACUUUUACCCUAACGCUGGACAUAAACAGCCUGGGUGUAUCAAGUCUCCUAUUACAUCCAUUGAGCAGUGGGGGCUUAUUGAUGGUGCAGUUGAUUUAGUCAUCUGUAACCACAUGCGGGCCAUCAGGCUGUUUACAGAGAGCAUCAACUCCGUCUGUAGCUUCAAGAGUUAUCCCUGUGUUAGUGAGAUCGCCUACUUGUUUGGCUUUUGUUACAAGUGUGGAACGGUUGGUUGCGCCUACGAAGGUUUCUGGGCUACUCCAAAACCUUCUGGAACAUUUUACAUGAAGACUGCUGGAACUCCGCCAUUUUGUUUGGUUUAGUAGCCGUCAGGUUACGAUUGUUUAGAUAAAUGUAACAUCACUUGUUAUGUUUUGUGUGUAAA